AAGGGGUCUAUCCUUGCACUCCCACCUCUCCAAGGCCAACGACGACUCGUUUCGCUGCAGGGGAUAGAACGAAGAAUGGAUUUUAAUGGGAGGCUCUUCUUCCUUACUACCCUCUCUUCUCUCCUAUGUAUCAACGCCACUCCUUUGAACGUAAUCCCCUCCGCGGUCCCUCUCGAGCUCGGACAACUAUGCAAAGACACAGAGAACCCAGGCCUCUGCAUUCGAACCAUUUUGCCAACACUGCAUGGUCGUCUGGAUCCCUAUCAGGCUCUCGUCACCGAAAUCGACGCCGCCGCCCACUACACCAGGAGAGCCCUCGGUAUAAUCGAUAGGCUAAUGGCCCAACCAAACAACCCUAAAAGCUUAUCUGAUAGCCUUAGCACAUGCAAGGAACAGUAUGGAAACAUCCUGGAUUCUAUUCAAACUACAUUGGGGGUAGUGGCUAAAAAAGCCAUGUAUGAUGCUCGGGUUUCUCUGAGUGCGGCGAUUUCGUACCAACAGACUUGUGAGGAUACCUUUAAAGAAUCAGGAGUUGACUUACCUUUUGCUCGUCAAUCUAAACAUAUAUUCCAACUCACCGGCAAUUGCUUGGACAUUAUGCGAGCCUUGGAGAGUUGAUUAAUCAACUGCGAAUUGGAGACGG